AUGACGGAGGAAGGGCAGGGAAGAGGGCCGCGGAACACUAGUGCGACGGCCGACGGCGCCGCCGCGCCGGCGAUCGAGAAAUGCGAUGGCUGCCUCCCGCCAAGAAGCGCCAGGAAAUCGGAGCUCCUCCUCGGCUUACGUCACGCGGGACCCACGCCGAGCCCAUCGCAGGCGUACAAGCGGGCGCCAGCUGCGCAAGCGGCCGAAGGUUUCAGGAAAGCAAACCCUGCUAUGGGUGCUUCUAACAGCCGGGAUAUUAGAACUGAAGGAGGAGAAAAUGUCAGAAUCAAGUAUGGAGCAGCAUCUAUGCAGGGUUUGGGUCCAAAAAUGGAAGAUGCCUACGCAGCUGCCCCAGAUCUAGAUCAUACCACAUCUUUCUUUGGUGUUUAUGAUGGCCAUGGAGGAGCUGAAGUAGCUUUGCUUUGUGCGCGACUGUUUCAUAUUGAGCUUCAGGUCCAUCCAAACUAUCAGAGCAAUCUAAAUAAUGCAAUCAGGAGUGUGUUUUCCAGAAUGGAUCAGGUGUUGCGACAAUCAAAUACAUGGAGAGAAUUAGUUAGUCCUACAGAUGGUAGAAAUUGGAUACAGCAUGUUAUAUGUCCUAUUGCCAACCCUUGGUACUGCACAGAGGAAACUCCUUAUAUACCACCACAAAGUACAGGAAGCACAGCAUCUGUAGCUGUCACUAGAGGCAACCAGGUCAUUGUUGGAAAUGUUGGAGAUUCUCACUGUGUAGCCUCAAGGAAUGGCCAGGCAAUUCAAUUGUCCACUGGUCACAAACCAUACCAUCAGAAUGAAAGACAGAGAAUUCAAGCAGCAGGAGGAGUGUAUGACAUUGAUAAUAAUGUUGUGAUAGAAAGAGGACAACUGGCCGGCUUCAGUUUUUUAGAAGGAAUGUUAACCACCUCCAGAGCGAUUGGUGAUUUUGUAUUCAAGCAGAACAACAAUUUGCCUCCUGAAGAACAAAUGGUGAUAUGCAAUCCAGACAUUCACGCUAUGGAGAUAACCAAUGAUAUCGAGUUUCUUGUCAUGGCUAGUCGUGGUAUAUGGUUAUCUAUGACAUAUCAGGAUGUGGUUGAUUUUGUACGCGAGAAGUUAGAAUCCGGGGAGACUGACCUGCGCGUCAUCUGCGAGAGGCUCAUGCACCGCGCCCGGCCGAUAAUUAUCGACGCGACUGUCAUACUUAUCCAGUUCAAGCACGACGCCCCCGACGAUGCCGAGGAGGGCGAGGAGGACAUCAAGUCUGAUACCAGUGAUGACCGCGAGAUCAAGUCUGCAUCCAGCGACGAGCAGCCGCCCUUCGCUCCGAACGGCUAG